UGAAACUGCUCAUGGCCAGCCCUAUCGCACUUCAGGCUCUUCUAUAUUCUCGUUCCACCCAUUAUGCUGCAUAUCAUCCUGUUGGGUACCCUUGAUACCAAACGUGCAGAGGUAUUAUACGUCUACGACCAGUUGAAGGAAGCAGCCGCCAGCUUUUCUACUCCCCUCGACAUCACCCUUGUUGAUUGCGGCCGUCAAGCUAUCACCGCCGAUGCUAUCACAAUUGGCCACACCGACCUGGUCGCCAAGUAUGCUCCUGGCCACGGUCCAAAGCUGAUGGAUUUACCCCGUGGCCAAGCUAUCGAGUUUCUGAUUACCUGCGUUAGCAGAUGCGUGACAGAUUUAAUACAAAAUAAUGACAUCCACGGCAUUGUCGGCACGGGUGGUAGCGGGGGAACCAGUCUGAUCGCCGCAGUGUUGAGGAUGGCGGCACCGAUCGGCCUUCCGAAACUGAUUGUGAGCACCGUCGCUUCCGGGAAUACGGGGCCGCUGGUGGGGGAAUGUGAUAUCACUUUAAUGUACUCUGUGGUGGACAUUGCGGGUACAAAUCGUCUCCUGCGCGACGUGCUGGGGAAUGCCGCCGGUGCAAUCUUCGGCAUGGCUUCAACAUACCAACGCCGACUUAGAGCGGCACGGUCCUUGAUAGGUGCUCAAGAAAAUUCAAGGGUUACACGAGUCGGAAUUACCAUGUUUGGCGUCACCACCCACUGUGUGGACUCGAUCCGGCGUCAUCUGGAAGCGAAAUUUGCUGUGGAAGUCUAUGUGUUCCAUGCAACCGGUCACGGGGGAAAGGCCAUGGAACGUCUGGUCGAGGAAGGCCAAUUAGAUGCAAUAUUGGAUAUUACAACGACCGAGAUUUGCGAUCUCAUUGUCGGCGGGACUAUGAGUUGCGAAACUAGCCGCCUGGAAGCCACGUUGCAACGGGGAAUCCCCAACAUCAUUUCGGUUGGAGCUACCGACAUGGUCAACUUUGGUCCUCUUGACACCGUGCCACAACAGUAUCGGGAGCGCAACCUAGAGGUUCACAAUCCUAGUGUUACACUGUUGAGAACAUCUGUGGACGAGUGCCGACAGGUUGGGGACUUCAUCGUCGACAAACUACUCCGGUUCACCCAGGAGCCAUCAAUGGUUGAGGUUUGGCUCCCCGAGGGAGGAUUUAGUAGCAUGGCUACUGCAGGGUCAGUAUUUGCAGACGCCAAAGCUGAUGCAGCCCUUGUCGAUGUUAUCAAAUCUGGCUUGGCAGGAAGUGGGAUACGGGUGGUGUCUCAUGCUCGAGAUAUCAAUGAUAGUGGGUUCGCAAUUGAUAUUGCCAACAGACUUAUGGAUCUUGUGAUAAAACAAUCCCAGCGUUCCCAAACACCUUAGCGGAUGAUUACUUUCCACUACAAAUAUAAUGAAUAGAAGGCCAG